AUGGAUCUGUCCCAGGACCAGCUGUCGGACUGGAGCUCAGUCCGGCCCAGCUUCUCUCCACUGCUACAGUACGACGGCUCUCAGGAAAGACUCAACCACACCUACAGCUUCCACAGCUCCAUGAUGCUGCCCUCCACCUUCAGCUCACCUACUUCCUCCCUCCAUCAACCAGCGCCCUCUCUGCUGCCCUCCUCCCUCAUCUCCUCCCCUUUAUUCUCCACCAUCUCCACCUCAUCCUUUCCGCAAGCAUCUACUUUUGUCUACCAACCCUCCUCUUCCUCCUUUCCUUUGUCCCUGUCCACCUUUUCUUCUAAUGACUUGGCCGACCUGGAGAGCAUGCUGCUCUGGACUCUUCACGAGCCCAGCACGAUCGCUCUGACCAUCAUGUACUGUCUGUCUUUCAUUUUGGGAUUUGUCGGGAAUUUAAUGUCCCUGCGCGUCCUCACCAACAGGCGGAGCCGGCGGCUAGCCGGCGUCAGCGCCACACGCAGUCUCCUGGUGAACCUGGCGGUGUGUGACCUGGCUGUGGUGUGUGUGUGCAUGCCCAUCACCCUGGGAAGCCAGAUCUACACUGCCUGGGUCUACGGUGACCUCCUGUGCCGAGCCGUACCCUUCACGCAGGCUAUUUCAGUCUCUGCCAGCGUGUUAACGCUGACGGUGAUCAGCGUGAAUCGCUACUACAGCGUUCGAUCCCCACUGCGAGCUCGCUCCAUGUUUACCCGCCGUCGAAUCUUGGCUACUGUCGCCGUGGUGUGGACAGUGUCUUCGAUCAUAUGCGCUCCUAUUGCAGUGAUGAACCGGCGCCGGGAGAUCAGCUUUGGGACAUUUGCCAUCUUGGUCUGUCAGGAGGAGUGGCCUCAGCAUCGCCUGAAACAGGGGUACAACGUGCUGCUGUUUGUGAUGCUCUACUGCCUGCCAGUGACAUUUAACCUCACCAUAGGCUUCCUAACUGGCAGGCGGCUUUGGGGAGGGAAGAAAUCCACUUUUGCUGAUCUUGAUCCUCGCAGCCAAGCGCUGCACGUCUCGCGCCUCAAGACGCGCCAGAAGAUCGCCAAGAUGGUGGUGUGCUUAGUGCUGCUGUUCGCAAUGUCCUGGCUGCCGCUCUACUUGGCUGACCUUUGGAUCGACUGCGAGCAAAGGCCACCAUCUUGGCUCCUGCAGACGCGACCGUUUGCCCAGUGGCUGGGCCUGACAAACUCCAGCCUUAACCCUAUCUGUUACUGUUUCAUAGGGGAUCUGUACCGCUCAGCAAAGGUGAUACGGACACGAUACUACCAGAAAGUUGCCGCUCUCUUCAGCACCUCCUCGUUCUCCAGCUCAGCUGCAGUGGCAUCUCCUGUUGCAGUGAUUACAGACACCAAAGUGACUGCUGCUGAGCGCCACCAUAUCGCUGCCGCUGCUAUGGCAGCGUCUGCACCCAUUGUUACACUCCCCAGGCUGCUGAGCUUGGCUAGAGGCCAGGGACUGGGGCAGAAGGUCGGAGACAGUUCAGACAGCCGAGCAGGAUCUGACCACAGUAUCUCCGACUGGUGUCGGUCCAAUGCCAGCGUGUGUGACAGUUCCUUGUUCCCCUGCCAGCUCCACACACUCCAGCACUCCUUCCAAAGAGCAGACCUCCUGCCUACAAGGAGACACUCUGUGAAUGAGAACGCUACACCUUUACCUUUAAAAAUCGAGUCUGUGGAAAUAGACAUGCUGCCUUUGAGGAGGCAUUCAGGGGACAAAAUAUAUGGUCUGUCAGCUGAUAAGAGAGACAUCAUUACCAUGGGCAGAGACACUCUCUGUAAUACUGGACAGCACAAAGUAUUCUCUUUGUGUCAUCCAAAGCACGGGAUCCAGGGCCGGUGUUUACGAAGACAGGAUCAGGUUUUCGAAGGCGGAGUGAGCAGUGAUGGAGUGAACCCCACAGGGAAGGACUUGGAGUGUUAUUUAGUCCUGUCCUGGAAAUCUGGUUAUCAGUAA